ACACGUAUCUUCUCACUGUUAUCAUCAUGUCUGCGAACGAGACGCUCGAUUAUGAAAGUGUGCACAAAAAAAGUGCUAAGCGGUUUACGCAUAAAGAGUACCUUUUGAUGGGUGCAGGACCCACGAACAUCACUGAUCGGGUACUGAAGGCUCUUUCGAUGCAAUGUUUGAACCCUAUAUCUGCAGACAUGUACGAGAUCAUGGACCAAGCGAAAGCGAUGCUCCAGUACGUGUUCCAAACCAAGAACAGGUUUACUUUGAUUCAUCAAACUUCUGGAAACGGGGGUAACGAAGCCAUUCUUCUGAAUCUGCUUAACCGUGGAGAUAAGGUGGUUAUCGCUAUCGGAGGCACGUGGGGAGAAAAGGUCUUAGAUAUGGCACAGAGAUAUGAACUCGAUGUUCUCCCUUUGAGAAAACCUCCAGGGGAGGUUUAUUCUUUGAAGGAGCUUGAAGAGGCCGUUAAAUCGCACAAAGCUAGGUUGUUGUUUGUGACGCAUGGGGAGUCCACUGGGGGGACUCUCCAACAGCUAGAAGGACUUGCGCCUGUGUGUCACAAGUACGGGUGUUUAUUGGCUGUUGAUGCUGUAGUUUCCAUAGCGGUAGAUCCGCUCUUCGUCGAUCGUUGGGAAAUAGAUGCUGUUAAUGCCGGUACUCAGAAAGCCAUAGGUGCUCCUCCCGGAAUGUGUUUACUCACGUUUAGCCCCAGAGCAGAGAAACGUAUGAGAGAGCAAAAAAAGCGACCUCCGUACUACUUAGAUUUGCUGCCACAAGGGGUAUAUUUUGACUGUUUUGACGGCGAAAGCAGAACGUACCACUACACCUUUUCCGCAAACAUGCUAUCCGCAGUACGUGAAGCUUUAGCCCAGAUCUGCGAAGAAGGACUCAUACCAAUGUGGCAAAGACACAAGUCGAACGCUGAGUACUUCUGGAAACGCCUUGACGAAAUCGGACUGACUUCUUUCGUGGAGAAACGCGAAAAUCGGUUCCAUGGAGUUACGUGCGUGAACGUACCUCAAGGAAUAGAUCAGAUGGACUUUCUUCGCUACGUUAAACAAAAGUUCGAAAUUGAAAUCACCCCAGGACAUGGACCAACGCUGAACAAAGCCAUGAGAAUCGGUUUCUUGGGGGACAACAGUCGACCCGAAAUAGUCGACUUCGUUAUAGAAGCGUUAAAAGACGGCUUGCAGCACUUCGGAAAGUGAUUUAUCCUUUACUCAAGAGUUGUUUGUAUUUCCGCAGUUUAAAUGCAAAGUGCGUCAAUAAAAAAUCCCAACCUGUAUA